AUGACGCUGCAAUGGGGCAGACUACUACGACACCACCGUACGACUUCGGUAUGCAGCACCUGUCGCAGAUUCAGCUCAGCCCCCGUCUCGUUCUCUGGACACAGCAAGUGGUCAACGAUCAAACAUGAUAAGGCCAAGAAUGACAAGUCAAAGAGCAAGGAGCGCCAGAUGGUGAGCAAGGAAAUUAGCAACGCAACACAAUUAUGGGGCCCCGAUCCAAAGUACAACCCUCGUCUAACCCUCGCCCUGACCAAUGCGAAGCGCGCCUCCAUCCCCAAAAUAAUCAUUGAAGCAGCAAUUGCGCGUGGACAGGGGCUCAGUGUAACGGGUCAAGCACUGGAGUCAUUGACAAUUGAAGCGAUGCUACCCGGGUCAGUAGCGGCAGUGAUCGAAUGUCAGACGGACCAAAAGGCGCGCGUGCUACAAGACAUCCGACACUCGAUCAAGACAAUUGGAGGCACCGUGACACCGACUACCUUCUUGUUCGAGAAGAAAGGCCGAGUUAUCAUGGAGAAGAAGGAAGGCUUGAAUGCGGACGACUACUUGGACCAGGCAAUCGAAGCCGGAGCGACGGAUAUCAUUACGGACGAGGAAGGCCGCCUAGUCGUAUUCACCGACCCAUCAGAAACGAAGAAAGUCGGAGAGUCGUUCUCGAAACUAUCCGGUUUGACAAUUGAGGUUUUGGAGUUCUUCUGGGAUCCGAAUCAGGAUACCAUGGUUGUAGUACAGGAUCCAGAGCAUGCUGAGAUUACUGGGAAUCUUCUCAAUUCCUUGCGCGACGAUCCGAGUGUGCAGGAUAUUUAUUUGAACACUUUGGACAAGCUUUGA